AAGUCAUAAGUAUUUUUUUAUUUCGAGGUUGUUUUAAUAGUAUUAUUUUUUCUUAAUACGUUUACGCGACUUAAAAAUAACUUGAGUACUCUAAUAUAUAAAAUAUAAUGAAUCAUAUCAUGUAAUAAAUGAACUUUGUCGUUGAAUCCCUGUGUUAUGGAACUUCGUAAUGGAUAACGUAACAGAAAAAUUACUCCAAUGUUUUGGUCACAGAAAGUUCAAAAGUGAACUUCAAGAAAGGGCUGUAAGGGCAAUCGCAAGAGGUGUUCAUGAUGUAUAUGUUUCAAUGCCCACUGGUUCAGGGAAGUCUUUAUGCUUCCAAUUACCGGCCAUGUUGCAGGACAAUAAAGUGGCCAUUGUAUUUUCGCCCUUGUUAGCUUUAAUAAAAGAUCAGAUUGAUCACUUAACAAAGUUUAAGAUCCCAGCAGAAUCAAUAAACUCUAAAAUGACAUCAAAAGAUAGGGAUAGAGUUUUAAAUGAUUUACACAGCAUGAAACCAAGUACCAGAUUUUUAUAUGUAACACCUGAACAAGCAGCUACUGGUACUUUUAAAGCCCUCAUAGAGCAUCUAGUCAAGUAUAAAAAAGUUUCAUACAUAGUAGUAGAUGAGGCCCACUGUGUCAGUGAAUGGGGUCAUGAUUUCCGACCUGACUAUUUAAAAUUAGGCAAUUUACGAGAAAAGUAUAAGAGCAUUCCAUGGGUUGCUCUCACUGCUACUGCAAGUGCCGAAGUAACAAAAGAUAUAAUGGCGAACCUUAAGUUUUUGCAGCCGGUAGCACAAUACAAAACACCUAGUUUUAGACGGAAUCUAUACUAUGAUGUUGUGUAUCAAAAUUGUAUACAGGAUGAAAUCGGAGAUUUGGUAGAGUUUCUAAAGAAAAAUUUAAAAGAUGAUGACACUGUCAAAUUGAAAGAAAAAAGCGCAGCCAUUGUAUAUUGUCGAACACGGGAACAAACAGAAGAUAUUUCGAGCAUGUUAACGAAAAGAGGCUUUAAGUCAUUAGCUUAUCAUGGAGGAUUAAAAACGUCAGAACGCAUAUCAGUUCAAGAGCAAUGGUCAAAUGGUGAAUGUCCUUGCGUGUGUGCUACUGUAUCCUUCGGAAUGGGUGUGGAUAAGGCAACAGUACGUGUUGUGGUCCAUUGGGGUCUGCCGCAGAAUGUUGCUGCUUACUAUCAAGAGUCAGGAAGAGCAGGGCGAGACGGCAAACCAGCAUUUUGCCGGAUUUACUACUGUCGAAGUGAACGAAAUGCUGUAGAUUUUUUACUUAAAUCGGAAAUGGGUCGCUCCAAGACGCCCGAGCAGAAACAGAGAUGUAAAAAUGCUUAUAAGAGUUUCGAAAUCAUGGUGAAAUAUUGCGAGGAAGUAAGAUGCCGUCACAAAACAUUCGCGGACUACUUCGGCGAGGAGGCGCCCAAGUGCGUGGCGCGCUGCGACGCGUGCGCCGACCCGCGCGGCGUGCAGCGCGCGCUGGAGCAACACCUGCGCCGCGCCAUGAGCGCCACGCUGGGCCAGCGCGGCCUCGUCACGCACAGCGACUCCUCCGACCUGUACGGCGAGGGCCGCCUGGGGCAGAUGAGGGAGGCGGAAUCGUAUUAUGGUGAUAAAAGUGGGGAAGACUCGGACGACGAGAGUAGUCGACGCCGCGUUGCGCAAGAAACUAAGUCACUCAUUUUGCAAGAGUUUGCCAAAAGAAAGAAGGAUAUUGAGAAAAAUAAAAAUACCGACACUGAAGCCGCAAAAUACUCCAAAUGCAAAGCGGCCGACAGUACGGUAACGAAAGUUAAUGGAUUAACAGUAGCAGCACGUGAGAGUUAUCUUGCACUACUAACGGAUGCCUUAAGAAACAACCUUAAAAAUACAAAAGGUGUUGAUAAAACGGAAAAACAUCUCUCUGGGCGCGAUGUUGAACAAUGCGCAAUAGAGAUGGAAUAUGACGCAUUUUCAAGUAGUACUGUUGCUAGUCUGUACAGGCGAGCAAUGGCAAAAGUGAUAUCGUCUGUUAAAUCUUGUAAGGAGAGUUUGUAUCCAGACCUUAAAAAUUUUGAACCCAAAAAAAGUAACACACUUGGCGAAUUUAUAAAGGACUUCGAAAAGAGUCGCGUUGAUCAAAAAUAUCACGGUUUUAUAUCUGCAUCAGAAUUAGAAAGUCGCGAUAAGGAAAGCAAAAAUGAACAAAAAUCACUAUCUAAAGCUGAUAAAGAGACUAAAAGGAAAGCAAACUCUUUUAAAAGAGAUCCCUUAACGCAAACUAAGCUAAAAAACUUUUUCUCUUCAAAAACAUCACAAGAUUCUCCUAGUCUACCUUCAGAUGAUAGUGAAGAUGAUAGGGGACUUGUUAUAGCAGAAAAUGAUAGUCCGAAUCAUGGUGACUCUACGUUUAAGUUAGAAGAAAUUGACGAUUCUACGAAUGUUGAAGACAACGACAAAACCUUCAAACUAGACACAGUAGCUGAAGAUCACAAUUCCAGUGCAAAUACGAAAAAAAAAACUUUAUAUAUAAAUAUAACUUUACAGGGCGUACCUAAAAAUGAUUCAGAUAUUAAAAAUAACGUAGUUGAAGACAAGGAUAUAAAAAUCGAAAAAAUAAUUAAACAAGCGUCUUCCGAUAAACCAACUCCAAUAGCUAAAAGAAAAAUUAAAGCUCUUUUUGGUGAGUCAUCUGACAGCGAAAUCGAGGCAAAUGAUAUUAAAAAGCGUAAAAUUUCUAAAGACAAAUUCGUAGCUCAUCGGUCAGAGGAUAAGAAAACCGAAAAAUCAAAGACUGAAAGGUCUAAAAAAAAACAUAAACGUAAAAAGUCAACGAUAUUGCAUGAAAAUGAUGAAAAAAGCUCUGAAAAUAAUGACAGCACCGGUAAGGAUAGCGCUUUUGAAGAAACGCUUAUUCUAGAUGACACAACAAACUUAUGUACUGAAUCUCAAAUUAAUCAAAAUAAUAUUAAUAGUAAGUCAGAAGAAUACAUUGACUCACGCGAUUCAUUUGAUUCGAUAAAUGAGGAUACUAACUCAAAGGAUGUAAAUAGUGUAAAAUUUGUUGAUGAAAAGUCUAUAGUUAAAGCACACAAAUUGAGUUUGGAAGCAGAUAAGGUACUACAAGAGCUCAAACAUUUCUCGGAAAUAAAACCUGAACCGGAAAUAAAGGCACCAAUUAUUGUUGCUGCUGUUGAUGAUACUAAAGUAUGUGAAUCAAAAAGUACAGUCGUGAUAACAAAAUCUCCUACAAAACACGGAACUAAAGAAAAACAUGAACCAAAAGCAAGUAAUGAUUUAAAAUGUAUUAAAACGCACAUUAAACCAGAGAAAAAAGAACAUUCUAGAAAUAAGGAAAAAAGGGAUAAAGAUGUAUCUAAAAAAAGAGAUCACUCAAAACACAAAGAAAGAAAGGCCGAAAAGGUGGAUGUUGCCAGUUUAGUUGUUAAACUGUUAAUGCCAUAUUACAAGAAGAAAAAAAUUAGUAAUCGUGAUUUGUUUAAGAUUACUGCCCGGCACAUUGUUCACCAAUUGCUUGCAAUACAAGUAACUGAGGAAGCGGCAAUUAAUAUGAUAUUGAAAAAAACAUUCAGCAAAGUAACCAUUGAAAAAGAAAGUGAUUUAGAAGCAAAGUUAAAUUUAAGUAAUAAACCAUAAUUUAUUCAAUGUAUCCUGUUUAUAUUUAUUGUUAAGCACUGUCGUGCGGAAUUUAAUAUUAAUUAUUCUUGUAUGCUGUUCAAAUAAAAUGGCUAUUUUUAC